AAAAAAGGCGCUCAGAUGCAAUUUCUCUUUCAUUUUCUUGUGGUCAACGAUGGCGACAUCUCCAGUGGAAGUGAAUCUGAUCCCGAUCGAAGCUACUUCCGAGACCUUCGCAGACUAUGGUCAAAUCAUCGAAGCCUCUCGUGAUGGUGAAACUUUCGGUCCCAACGACGCUCAAUUGGAUCUCUCCAGAGGAACCCCACGGUUAUAUAUUAUGCCACUUCAAGAUACAUCCUUUAGCUUUUCCAAGAUCACACAUCACGCACACGUGACACAGUGCCUAGGAUCAAUAGGAGCUCAUGCUUGGUAUGUUGGAGUGGCUAAGCCGUCUCUUAUUGAAGAUGAUGACGAAAGGAGAGAAGAUACAGUAGAAUCAAAGUCUGGUCACUUGUACGCUCCUCCUGCGGUGGAAGAGGUGCGCGUCUUCAGGAUCUCAGGAACAAAGUUUGUUAAAUACAACCGCGGUACAUGGCAUGUUGGACCGCUCUUCAAAGAAAGCUCCAUGGACUUCUACAAUCUUGAGCUCACCGACACAGAUGUGGUGGAUGAGACGACAUAUGAUUUCAGGAAGAAUAAUGGAGUCAUCUUCCGAUUUAAACCCAUAGAGGAGACAUCAUCCUAGCUCAAGCCUGGCUAUCAGUUUGUGAUGUAGCUGCGGACUCAAGUGAACCGAACCACAUGACAUCAAACCACCGGAGACGAAUUCCAAGCCGCAAAUACUUGCAGUAAUCAGUUAUUGUUCUUUGUUUCUUUUAGUUGAUUGUGCUAUUUGUUUCAAGUUAAAAUAAGAAGAGAACUGGUCGUCAUGAUGUUUAAGGAACCACCUCUUCCACAUUUCCA